UCCUUUAGUGUGUGUGGUUAACCAGAAGCCCUGCUUAUAUGCAUUUUAUUGCACUUAAAUCUCUUUGUUUUAUCUAAAAACCCUGCACUUUCUUAAUAACUGUGCUUUGCAGACAUGCAACAUUGAUUUUGCACAGUGCAAAGCCAAAGCACGAGCCAGCAUGUGAAAUUAAAUGCCUCAGCAAGAACAAAGACAAUGCAACUCUCUCCAGAGGGCUCAACAACAAGUCGAGCUUGUGUGUUGCUCAAUGCAAUCCGAUGCAACACAUCCAUCCAUCUGCACGUGCACACACUCGUCACUUUUUGAGAUUCCCCUCACAGUUGCUUUAAAUACUCGCUUCCAACCGUGCAUCAUUGAGAGAUCAAUUUAUUGCAAGCAAAUAGGCGUUGGAUGUUCUAAAGCAUCGAUGCAUUGGGGAAACUGAGACCCAUGGCAAAGUGGUUUAGAGAUCACCUAAGUUUUGGCAGCAGGAAAGGACCGCCUCAGCCCCCGACACCGGACUACACCGAAAGCGAGAUCCUACGGGCCUACAGGGCUCAGAAAGAGCUGGACUUUGAGGACCCGUACGAACCCACGGAAAACCGGGUGCUGAACGGCUCAGGGUCGGUGGAAACGUUCCCCGCGUUUGGCACGGUGCUGUCCAACGGCGUGGAGGUGAAGAUCGUGUCUCCCAAACACAGACUGAUAAAAGUGGAAUCUCAGGAAUUCGGGCGAAGCAAAAUACCACUGAACAUUGUGACCUUUGAGGAACCGCAGGCCCAAUUCGGGCGUAGCAAAAUACCACUGAACAUCGUGACCUUUGAGGAACCGCAGGCCCCUGUGGUUCCCUCGGCUCCUGCAGUUGGGGAGACUGAUUACUCGGACCCGUUUGACGCCAGACCGGACCCGCGGCCCAGACCCGGCUGGGAGCAGAACGCCGUCGAAGCCUGCAGCAGUUACAUGGAGCCGUUUGAGGCCCAGAGAUUCAUAAGCGAGCUCCAGCACAGCACAGAUUGGGGUAGAAACAGCCCGCAGCUCUACGACAGCCCUUACGAGGAGAGAGUUCGGUCCCAGGCGGCCCCAGCGGAGGACGAGAGAGAGAGCCGUCUGCCCCAGGACGACGAGAGGCCGGCGGAUGAAUACGACCAGCCCUGGGAGUGGAAGAAAGAGAACAUCUCCAAAGCCUUCGCAGUAACUUUUGAAGCCAGAGACUGGGAACAAUGUACACUGCCCCGUGACGAGGCACCGAGGAAGGCAGGAGCGUCCAGAAUCAGCCCUCCAUCCAGCAGAGCCACCAGCCUGCACAAGCCCAGCAACACACACGGCAUCCUGGGAGAGAGGGUGGAUCCCACACUGCCCCUGGAGAAACAGGUAUGGUACCAUGGUGCAUUGACUCGCUCAGAAGCUGAAUCUCUGCUCACGCUGUGUAAGGAGUGCAGUUACCUGGUGAGGAAAAGCCAGACCAGCAGAAACGACUAUUCGCUGUCUCUCAGGAGCUGUCACGGGUUCAUGCACAUGAAGUUCUCGCAGUCUCGGGAUGGGAAGUUCAUCCUGGGAGAGAACAGUCCUCCAUUUGGCUCCAUCCCUGAAGUCAUUCAUUACUACACCACGAACAAACUGCCCAUCCGCGGAGCCGAACACCUGUCCCUGCUGUUCCCGGUGCUAGUGCAGACGCUCUGAGACCACACACACACACGCACACACACUUACCAUGUGCUCACACACGUACACACUCAGGGCCUCACUCAGACGGCUACUAUAGUGCUUCAUUUUCAAUCACAUAUCGCAGGCUCUUUGAGAGUUUGAUUUGUGUUUGGAGUGGGAAUUAGAUUUUUCAGGCGUGUGAAUGAAAACGCCGUUGGCCUGUACAGAAACUGUAUUGAUGUGCUGCACAUGUGUGAAGAAUAUUUUACACACCACUGAACUCUAAAGUGUCUUCGCAUCACACUGGGAACUGUAAUAUUAUUACUUUCUCUGCUCCAAACUCUUCAAAUGAUAGUUUUAACAUUUGAAGAUAAAAUGUAGCCCGACCAAAGUAUUUAUAAAGAUUUUGCUAAAUACUAAAAAGCAAUUAUGUACAGUACAAAUCCCAUCCUCUGUAGGAUUUCUUGCUUUAAAAAGUGAUUCACCUGAAAUGACAGUUGUCAUCAUUUGCUCAUUCUCAUGUCAUUCCAAACCUGUAAAACACAAAAGAAGAUAUUUUGAAUGAUGUUAAUGAAAGUGGAUGCUGAUCAUGGCUGUUAUGCUCUAAAAAGGACAAAAUCACCAUAAAUUUAGUCCAUAUAAGUCUUCUAAAGCCACACAAUAGAUUUGUGUGAAGGAAAAAAA